AUGUUGGAUCGAACGAUCAAACAACAAGUUGUCCUGGCGGGAUACAUCUCCCGCAUGUGGGUAAGCCUGCAAAAAUUAGGACAAGCCAAAAUCACGGCGUAUGAAGUCUCGAGCCGGCUGGCGCGCCUCGAUGAUUACUGGAAGCGUUAUCAGGACGUGCACUUUGAAAUCGCAGCCGAUCCCGAAGCUGACAAAACGAAUUACGUCAAGGACGACUACUUCACCAAAACGGAAGAGGAGUAUUUUGGUAUGCGUAGUAAGCUUAAUGAUCUUUUCGUUCAGCUAAGCAGAGCGGGAAUUGUAGAGGUGGAGGAGCGCCCUGGGCCGAGCUCUACGGCGGUCGCGCCGGUACUUAAACAGAUGCAGCUCCCGAAGCUGGAGCUGCCGAAAUUCUCCGGCGAUCAACUCGAGUGGGAGGGUUUUCGAAAUUUAUUUCGCUCGCUCGUUCAUGACGUCACGGGCGUUCCUAAGGUGCAGAAGCUUCAGUACUUGAUGGGGUGCCUGACCGGUGAAGCAGCGGAGGUCGUCGCCGGCGUUCCCUUGACGGACGGCGCUUAUGAUGGGGCGUGGCAGGAUUUAGUGAUGCGCUAUGACAAUCCGCGAGUCCUGCUCUGCGCUCACAUGCGCCAUUUGAUUUCUUGCCCGGCCGCCAUUAAAUCUUCGGCUGGGGAAAUCAAACGAUUGCUGGGCGUGCUCAACCAGGCGCGGCGGGCGUUCGUCUCAUUGGAGCGACCGGUCGAGGCGUGGGAUGAUUGGUUCGUCCACUUGCUCGUUAGCAAGUUGGACGCCACGACACGGAUGUAUUGGGAGUUUCCGACGUUUCGGCAAUUACAGGUCUACCUAGAGAACCGGGUGCGCGCUCUGGAGGCGGCUAGGGUGGACGUCCCCCUUCCGCGAGGAGGAUCGGGUGCGGGUGCGAAGUCCGCAGCUAAGGCCACGCGCGUUGCAUGCAACACAACCAUGACUCCGAAAACAAAGGCGAAGACUCUCUCUGCUCGGGUUCGCACGCAAUGA